GGGAGGGAGGGAGGAGAGGGGAGGGAGGAGGAGGCUCCUCCAAUGAGGGAUUGGUGAGAGUCUGGGAGCGGCGGCUGGUGGUGGUGUUGGGGAAAGAACACACGUCGCUCCGGGGGGGAAGCAGUGAGAGCGUAAAGGCGCAAACCCAACGCCGGAGCUUUUGGGGGAGACUGAGGCACAGCAUCAGCGGUGGCACCGAGUGAGCGAGCAAGUCUCCAUUGAAGUGACCUUAUCAAGUUUGAAUGCACGGCCAUGUGAACUUCGUGAAAAGAAACAACCGCACCAGUCACGUGGAUCUCGAGAAAUGGAAGCACAAUUAAUCAAAUAAGAUACGUUAAAGUUUUCAGCUGUCGUCAUGACUACCUCACACAUGAAUGGGCACGUCACAGAAGAUUCUGAUGGUGAGGCUAAGAACAUGGACCUCUCAUCCCGUGAUGAACCACCAAGACACAGGGAAAUGGCUGUGGAUUGUCCUGGUGACCUGGGUUCCAGGACUUUGCCAAUCCGUCGGAGUACACAGUUGGAAAGGAUUCGUCAACAACAGGAUGAUAUCCGACGCAGGCGAGAAGAGGAGGGAAAGAACCAAGAACUUGAUCUUAAUGCUUCUAUUCGAUUGAAGAAACUGGCACAAGUUCAGCCCAAAGUGGGCAUUGAUAAUCCUACAUUUGAUAAAGAGGAAGACUUUGUACUAGAGGGACCGAGCAGUGCAGUUAAAGUUCUAGAAGUGGAAGAGCUGCUGUCUUCUCUAAAGCACAUACAACAAAGCUUGGUUGAUCCUCAGAGUGAGGAAGAUGUGAAGCUCGUUUUGCAGUUGGUUCAAAACCAGGACUUCCAGAAUGCUUUUAAUAUCCACAAUGCCGUGGCUGUACACAUGAACAAGAUGAGCCCACCUUACCCUGUUAAUUCCACUGCUCAGGAGCUGUCUCAAGAGGUUCAAAAGGUUUUGACACUCAGUCACCAGAAGGAUGGACAAGAACUUACUGCUCUUCUUGCUUCUCCGCACUUUGAAGCGUUGCUUCUGGCCCACGAUGGAGUAGCACAGCAGGAAAUGCUACUGGAACCAGCGGUAGAAGAUCAUGUUUAUGAGAGAGUAGCACAGUAUGGAGGAGAGACUGUGAAAAUUGUUCGAAUUGAUAAAGCUCGUGAUAUUCCCCUUGGUGCAACCGUACGAAAUGAUGUGGAAUCUGUAAUUAUCAGUCGUAUAGUGAAGGGAGGUGCUGCAGAGAAGAGUGGCUUAUUGCAUGAAGGAGAUGAAGUCCUUGAAAUAAAUGGAAUUGAAAUUCGUGGAAAAGAUGUCAAUGAGGUUUUUGAUUUGCUGGCUGAUAUGCAUGGAACUCUCACCUUUGUACUGAUUCCCUGUCAACAGAUGAGGAAUCCUCCUGCUAAGGAGAUGGUGGUGCAUGUGAAAGCUCAUUUUGAUUAUGAUCCCUCGGAUGAUCCCUAUAUUCCUUGUCGUGAGCUGGGACUGUCUUUCCAAAAAGGAGACAUACUUCAUGUAAUCAGUCAAGAAGAUCCUAACUGGUGGCAGGCUUACCGAGAUGGAGAUGAAGACAAUCAACCUUUAGCUGGACUUAUCCCAGGGAAAAGCUUUCAGCAACAAAGAGAAGCAAUGAAACAAACCAUUGAGGAAGACAAGGAGCCAGAGAAAUCGGGUAAACUUUGGUGUGCUAAGAAAAAUAAGAAGAAGCGGAAGAAGGUUUUAUACAAUGCUAAUCGGAAUGAUGACUACGACAAUGAUGAGAUCCUGACGUAUGAGGAAAUGUCACUCUAUCACCAGCCUGCGAGCAGGAAACGGCCAAUUGUUUUGAUUGCCCCACCCAACUGUGGCCAGAUCGAACUCCGACAAAAACUCAUGGAAAGUGAGGCUGAUCGAUUUGCUGCUGCCUUACCUCAUACAACUCGUCCUACGAGAGAUCGUGAAGUAAAUGGACGUGAUUACCUUUUUGUAACACGCCAGUUUUUUGAAGCUGACAUAUUAUCCAACAAGUUCAUUGAACACGGGGAAUAUGAGAAAAAUCUUUAUGGCACCAGCAUCGAUUCAGUACGGCAAGUGAUCAACUCUGCGAAGAUCUGUCUAUUGAGUUUGCACACACAGUCUCUGAAGAUUCUCCGCAAUUCAGAUUUAAAACCUUACAUAAUAUUCAUUGCGCCACCUUCCCAGGAGAGAUUACGUGCGAUGUUGACCAAAGAGGGGAAAAAUCCUAAGCCAGAAGAUCUGCGAGAUAUCAUAGAAAAAGCGCGAGAGAUGGAACAGAACUACGGCCACUAUUUUGAUUCGGCUAUUGUCAAUACAGACUUGGAAAAGGCAUACCAGGAGCUAAUCCGUCUCAUAAACAAACUUGACACAGAGCCUCAGUGGGUUCCAUCUACAUGGCUUCGGUGAAAAAAAACGGUCAAGUCACAGAUUUGCUGUGGAGCAGUCUGCCCGAAAGAUCAUUGCUUUUUUUAAAAUGAAAGGCAGUGCUACAAAUUAAAUUUCAACUAUUGAAAAAAAAGUGACAUUCCAUUUCGUACCAGCACUUGGUGGUAGCAAUAUUCAUAUAAUUACUAUAAUGCUAACUAUUUAUAAUGUAAAUAUAGAUUCACUUCUAGCAGUAGCUGUCUCUGAAUCACACUGCACAUAAUCCAGCCUAUACUGAUUUAACCUUUAGCUGUGGUAUUUUUAUACGCGAUUUGUGAAAUGUAAGCCUUUCUUGAGGGGAAAGGGGAAGAGAUGGGAGUCAUCUUGUGUCAAGCAUUGUGUCUUAAAGACUUUUGUAGGGAUUAUGUAUGUAGAUGACAGAGUAUAUUUUUAUGACCUAAAACUGAAAUUCACAAAUUCCAUCAUUUUAGAUUUUUGUAUUAUGAUAGAUUUGUUCGCUCAUUCAUGUAAGCAGAAAAACAUCAGUUUUGAGGCUAGUGAAAAUGGAAGGCUUUGAUGGUACAUCUUUUAAGAAUGUUUGUGUGAAGCUGAGUGAUGAAGACCUAAUAGGUUGUCUUUUAUGAAAUCCGUAAUGUUCAAUCAAAGACUGGAAUAGAAUUAUUGAAUGUAACUACUGUACAGUAAGGCAAUAAUUGGCGCAACAGGCAACACAAACUGCCUUUUUAAAAACUAAUGAUCCUUAAAUGUGAAUGUUUUUAUUUAAUAUAUGUAUGUACUUGAGUCCUUAAAUUGAAGUCCAGUCAUACGCAACCUUGUUUAGUAACAUUAUUUUGUGUUUUCCUUUGAGAGUUGCAAUGUUUUUAAACACUGGAAUUUCAUGAUUCUGUUCAUUCAUUGCUGGAAUAGGCUGAACAGUCCCUAAUGAAUGAUGUAUGUUUCUUAAUUUUGUCUAUACUGUAUUUUGUAUAAAUAAUUGUUUCAGUAUUAAAAGGCACUGGAAAUUGUGUGCUUUUGUGGCUUUGCCGCUUAUCUGCUUGUACUAAAGCAAGAAAGGCCUUGGAAUGGUUGACGUCAUGUGGGCAAUGGGAAAUAUCUAUUGAUAUCAGUGAGCAAUAACAACACAUCAGG